GUCAUUAUUAAGUACAAAUGAAGUCGUUGAGGGAAGGGAAGAAAGAAGCAUUUAUUAUGAAUGAGAAUGAAAAUGAAAUCCAAAGACUAAAACCAAUGCAGAGUUAAUAAUUCAUGCAUUGGCUUUGCUUGGGUUUUCGUUUUCAUGCUAUAUAACACCGUUUUCUGCCUGCAAUUGCUCUCUCAUUUCAAUUCCAAUUCCGCAUUCACAAUCUCGCAUCUCUCUCUUUUCUUGCUUCUAAACCCAAGCCUCUCUUACCUUUCUUGCUUCCUUCACUCUCCGGGUGUUUCCUGCGCCAUUUGAAAUUUGCAGGAAACGUUCAUUGAUCGAUUGUAAUGGCGAGUGAGUCGCAAAAUUGGGUGGUGAUGGUGACGGCGCAGACGCCAACUAACAUUGCUGUUAUCAAGUAUUGGGGGAAAAGAGAUGAAACCCUGAUCUUACCGGUUAAUGAUAGUAUCAGUGUCACUCUCGAUCCCGCUCACCUCUGCACUACCACCACUGUUGCUGUUAGUCCCACUUUCCAGCAGGAUCGCAUGUGGCUCAAUGGCAAGGAGAUUUCUCUUUCUGGGGGCAGGUUCCAGAACUGUUUACGGGAGAUUCGCACUCGCGCUUGUGAUGUAGAGGAUGAGAAAAAGGGUAUUAAGAUCAAAAAGGAGGAUUGGAGCAAACUGCAUGUCCACAUUGCUUCAUACAACAAUUUCCCUACUGCGGCAGGGCUGGCUUCGUCAGCUGCGGGUUUUGCCUGCCUAGCUUAUGCCCUCGGGAAGCUAAUGAAUGUCAAAGAGGAUGAAAGUCAGCUAUCUGCUAUUGCAAGGCAAGGAUCAGGUAGUGCUUGUCGCAGCUUAUUUGGGGGAUUUGUGAAGUGGGUAAUGGGAAAAGAGGAUAAUGGAAGUGAUAGUCUCGCAGUUCAACUUGCCGACGAAAAACACUGGGAUGAUCUUGUCAUUGUAAUUGCUGUGGUUAGUUCUCGGCAGAAGGAAACAAGUAGCACCUCUGGAAUGCGUGAGAGUGUUGAAACAAGUUUACUUUUACAACACAGGGCAAAGGAAAUUGUGCCAAAGCGGAUACUGCAAAUGGAAGAAGCCAUUAAAAAUCGUGAUUUUGCAUCUUUCUCACGAUUGGCCUGUGCGGAUAGCAACCAGUUUCAUGCAGUCUGUCUGGAUACAUCCCCCCCUAUAUUUUACAUGAAUGAUACAUCCCACAGAAUAAUCAGCAUCGCUGAAAAGUGGAACCGUUCAGAAGAAGCUCCCCAGGUAGCUUAUACGUUUGAUGCGGGGCCAAAUGCUGUUCUGAUCGCACGUGACAGGAAAACUGCUACCCUUUUGGUUCAGAGGCUGCUUUAUUACUUCCCUCCGAAUUCAGAUGACCUCGACAGUUACAUUAUUGGAGACAAGUCAAUUGCAAAAGAUGCUGGAAUCAACGGAAUAAAGGAUGUGGAAGCUUUGCCACCUCCUCCAGAAAUUAAAGAUAACAUUCCAUCACAAAAAUACAAGGGGGAUAUCAGUUACUUCAUAUGUACCAGACCUGGAACGGGACCUGUUUUGCUUUCUGAUAGUAGUCAAGCACUUCUUAACGAGGAAACUGGGCUUCCAAAGUAAGUUUAUGGAAGGUAUUGUCGUGAUUAAUCUAUUCUUCGUUGGGCUUCACUAGCAGCAGGGUUUAUGAGCCCUAAAUAUUGUGACUGGAGGACCCUUUCAAGGAAGUCCCUGCACCCAUGGCAUAAUGAUUCGCUCAUUCCAAUUCGCAGUUUUUUUAUUUGGUUAUCCGUUGUUCUUGUUUCAGAUAUAGUUUAGGCUAUUUUUAUGGAGAAAAUAAGUCUCUUUCCGUUUCUGUAUUGACGUGAGCUUGUAAGUUAAAACUUGUUUGUUUUUUCUGCGAUCAAUUUCCCUAUUUUUCUAUAUUUAUUCCAUUGUACCUCUGCUUAAGAAGUUUCUUGUUCACCAUAUGGACCCCUCACCCGUAACAUUUUGUUCAAGCCAGCCAAACAGACAUUGCAGCAUUGUAACUUGAUUUCAAUGCUUAGUGCACUUUUCUGUAUAACAGAAA